AUACAUGUAUGGCAAUAGGAUACACCUUUCUGUAGUUAGAAUCAACAUUUCGAGGUGUGAAAUAAUUGGCCGAUGUACAUGACUUUGUGUACUAUACAGCCGAGUAGCGAUAUUCUAUUUCUACAGUCAAUGCAGCGAGACCAGGGCACCGUCUCAAAGGACAGAAAUACAAGAAGGUAUUUUCUUCGAGCACCUUGGAAUCAAAGGCACUGUUUGGGGGUGAAUUUGCAUCCAGUUCGGAAUUCGGAUCACCAUUGAGCCAAGUUCUUCUACCAGAUCUCCGCAGAUAACCGCAGUCCACAAUUCAUACUUCUUCUUUUCCUCGCCAUCGUCGUCUUUGCGCUUGAAGGGAAGCUAGUUGAAUGAUAGCUUGCUGGAUAUGACUCCAGGUUCAGGUUCACCGGGUCAAGUCUGCAGCGGUGAUUUGUAAAGAGCUAUUCGAGUCGAAGUCUCGCGCGCGCAUCUAGCGCUGCUGCUACUUCCACCAGUCGGCGGUGUUCUGCUGCCACCCUAGCAGGAUGAAGGCUCGCCUGCUCAGCCUUGUUGCAGCUCUACUGUUGUCAUUAGCUUCCUGCGUGCACGGAGCAACACUGUGGUGGAUCACACCAAGAAGAGGCAGUUUAGCCGGUGGUACCCGCGUGUAUCUGCAUGGCGCUGGAUUUAGCCUGGACCAGUACUCUUUGCCGGACGUUGUCUUCUUUGGCAACAUCCAGUGCGACGUGGACUGGUUCACGGUGAAGGCGCAUCGCCUCGAGUGCAUCACUCGGCCGCAUCCCACGGCGAAGAGAGGUGACAUACUUGAGCGCGUGCCGACCACGAUCAUCUCCGGAAGGGUGACAUUCUCGACUGCUACCGACCGUCGUAAUUAUCGAGAGUUUCAAUACCACUGGGGAAACACUCCUCGGACAUGGUCUGCCUUCCCGCCCUCCACCAUUCCUGGCUCUGUGCUUCGGCUGCGUGGAACACUCUUCGCCACUACCACGCAGUUGCAAAGCGUAAUGGUGGGACAUCACGUGUGUGACCUGUACGGCCUUUCUGCGUCCGAGCUGUCCUUGUACUGUGGUACGUCGCAGUCAGUAUCCUGGUCAACGGUAUGCUGUCGCGUGGCCAGCACCAUAACAGCUGGUAGCUACAACAUCACCUCCAAGAUCAGCAACUACGGGACAACGUUCAAUGCGUCCGAUGCCAUGACCGUGUCCCGCCGCGGAGACCUUCGCAUGUAUGAGAGUUUUCCGUCCAUCACUGGCGUCACACCUUCGGUUGGUAGCAGAGAGGGCGGAACUCUUCUGGUCAUCGAGGGCACUGGUUUCGGCUUCCUGACAGCCAAUGUGAGUGUAGCUGUCGGUGGCGUGCCUUGUCGUGUGACAAAGGUUCAAGAUACGUCUCUGGAGUGUGUAACUGGACGCCCAGACGAUGGUUCCCCGAUCCUCACGGCGAGGCAGAGACUGGCCACGCCUGGAAAUAUCAGCACCGUGCCUCUGUUUGCAGGAAAUCGUGGUUCAAGUGUUCGGCGCUUUGGAUUCUAUUCAUCAGACCUGAGCGAGGUGCAGAACAAUGUCAAUUUCCCACUCAACCCUGCACUGUAUGAGCGUUCGGAGUCAUUUGGCACGCAGCGUCUGCGCACCAGCCUCACAGUUCUGUCCAGGCGCAACAGCCAGCUGUAUGAAGCUUACUUCACUCCACCUAUAUCCAGCACCUAUUCGUUCUUCAUCACAUGUAAAGACGUGUGUGAUCUCUGGCUCAGUGAUUCUGAAGAUCCGAAUGCUGCAAAACAGGUGGCACUCGUCACACAACAAAAUUCGCUGGGCGAGUUCAGAGGAGCUCGAAGCAGCUGGGACCGUUUCCCUGGCCAGCGCAGUCAAAAGAUGGACCUUUUGUCCGGCCGUCGGUAUUACAUGCGCAGUACAAUGAGUGCAUUGACUGGAAACCAUGGCUUUGUGCAGGUGGCAGCUCAUAUUUACAACACAUCGUACUCCUACGCCCAUACGCAUCAAGCACAGCCCGAGACGCAAGCAAUCAACAUCCAGGCCACGCACCAGACCGAGGAACAGAAGCUGACAAUCGUCGCUGACCUGCUUCAAGGCACGGAAAGCGACUCAUUCCUGGUAACCAUUGGUGGCAGGACUACCGGUGCACUUCCUGCGAUCAACUUGACCACUACUAAGGCUGAAGAAGAACUGUACAGCCUUUUGGCCGCGGAAUGCGCGGACGCAUCUGGUGCUCAAUAUGCUGGCGCACAGUUCGACUUCUUUGACAUGGACUCGUUUGAGCGGAGGUUUGACGCCGCCGGCAAGGCCGUAUAUGGUGACAAGUUUGGCAGCCAGGACACAUGGAUUGGCGAGGGCGAGCCAGCCAUUGCGUCGGACAAUGCCUUCUGCGGCCACAGCUUUCUACGGCUUGGCAGCGGUACUCAUAUCAAUUUCCGCCAAUCAGGACACACCGAGGAUAGUUAUGAACAGCAUGUCGGAUGGCGACCCAGUGAAUAUCCUCAUGUAUGCAUGGGAUACCGUAUACAACCUGGGGUGACUGUCUGGCUGCUGAUCAAACUGAAGACACAUGGCUGGUAUGCGAUUACCGUGGCGAGCGAUGGCCUGCAGCCCGCGCCGUACUCGUCCCUUCCACAGUGGCGCGAAAGCACCGGCGCACCGCUCAUGACCGAUGGCAGCUGGCAUUAUUCCUGUUAUGAUGUUGACUUGGGCCUGACUGCCGGCACGUUCAUUAGCAGUGAAACGCUGCUAAUUGAGGAGCAGGCGUUCAGGGUCUCUGUACCGCCGGGAAGUUCUUCCUCUGCUGGCUUUGACCUGGACGAAUUCUCCAUCACGUCUCUUAAGCGACAUGUGACGCAGACCAACGCUGCAGCUAACUUCCACGGUGUCCCGGUCUCGAAUCUCACAACUGAAGUGACUUCUGUUGUCUCAGCCGAUGGCAGUACCCAAACGACUAGCAUUUCCAUCAAGUACCCGAUGGGUGCGUGCAAUUUUGCUAGCUUGCCUCCAGCCCAGGUCAGUACGCAAUCAUCAGCUGUUACACUGUCUCCUCCGGUCGUUGUGAAUGCCGUCAGCGUUGCCAUCAAUGGCGUCGUGCAGCUACAGCUCUUCAAUGGACAGAGGUUCCAGCUUUCGCACAGAGCCGAGGCUUCGGAGCUGAAAACACAGUUGGAAGCACUACCUGGCGUUGGCAGUGUCGAUGUCACGUACCGCGCGCAUGACUCCAUGAUGUGUUCCGGCGGAAAGUGGAGCAUAGAGUUCCAAUCGCAACCAGGUGACCUGCCCGGCAUGAGCAUCUUAUCUCACAACGUGUCUGGAACUGACGUGAAAGUAACCGUGAGCCAGGAUGUUAAUGGUGGUAUCUUCUUAGCACCAAUUCCAGGUGACAUGCUGAUGGCUGUCGAGGAAGAUCCACAGGUGACAGUGACAGUGAAUGACAUACCGUCGGCUUGCUCGGCAUCCACACAUCUCUACCCCACCUUCUAUUCCAGCCGCACUGCAUGUGCUUUCACCUAUGAUGCCAGUGCAACGCCCAAUGCCACGUCCGUCUCGCCCCAGUCGGGCUCUGCUGGCGACAUGCUCACAGUCAUGGGCAGCUCGUUUGCGACGACCGCAGCGGAGAACGAGGUGUUAGUUGGCGGUCAGACUUGUCCCAUGAUCUCUGCCUCGGCAACGGAGCUGCGCUGUACCGUGCCAGGUCUUGCGGCCGGCUCUCACGUUGUGUCGGUGCGAGUGCCAAGCAAAGGCUACAGCACGUCGUGCGCGCUUUGCUCUCAAGCGCCACUGCUCUUUACCUCCACCGUCAAGCUCAAUACGGUUUCGCCUGCAUCUGGCAGCUACACAGGUGGCACAGUGCUCACGCUGACUGGGGGUGGGUUUCCUGCGUCGGGUGACGUCAGCGAUAUCAGCGUGGACGUUGGCGGAGUGGCAUGCACGGUACUGAGCGUGAGCCUCACCACCGCACAAUGCAGAACCAAUGCAACAAGCAGCGGUGCAGAGCAGCUCAACGCGGACGUGACGGUCACGGUCACACAGAACUCGACCAGCCGGACGUCAACACUAACGUCUGUCUACUCCUACGCUGCUGCCAAGACACCACAGCUGGCUGGUAUUUCUCAUUCAAGUGGCAGUGCCGGUGGCGGUACUGUGAUUACCAUUACCGGUGAUUUGAAGAACUCUACUGCUAUGGAUAUCGUACAUGUCAAGAUUGGUGAAGCGGAGUGUAAGAUUGUCAAUGUCACAGGUCAGUCUGUCACCUGCACUACCCAGCCGCACAAGCCCGGUUCCUAUGCUGUCACACUCCUGAAGAACAUUGACGGCCUGGCUUCGUCUUCACUCAUCUACACGUACGAGCUGGAGCUGGAGUCCAUCUCCCAUGUCUUUGGGUCCGUAUUUGGUGGCCAGAUGAUUAGCAUCGGUGGCAAGGGAUUCCAGGAAUCCAGCCAAUUGCAAGUGAAGGUUGGACAGAAGCUUUGCCGUGUGGUGAGAACGACAGCCACAAACAUUGAAUGCCGAACCCCGUCAACCAUUGUCCACCAUCAAGUCACCAACAAUGCUGAGAACCCAGUGUAUGGUUGGGGCUAUGCGUGGGAUAAGUCCGAUCUCACCGUACGCCAAGGUGACAGCGUCAGGUGGAGCUGGACCGGUUCCAAGUUUGCUUCUCUGCGCGGUGUUGCUCAGGUCUAUAACGCCACAGCUAAUGAAUAUGAAGGGACUGGCUUCAGGAGUGAUCGAUCCACAGAGGGCGACUUCACCUAUUCCUUUACCAAGCUUGGAACAAUCUACUACGUGUCAGAAGGAUUUGGCCAUAUUGGUUUCCGGGGUUCUGUGACCGUGCAACCCCAAGAAACAUAUCACACUCCAGUUGAGGUUCACCUCAAUGGCAUCAAGGCUGUUGCCAGCCUCGCGGCGCACACGAGCGAGCAAACUCUGCGCUCUGCCACUCAACUGGGCGGCUCUAACUGCCCGGGAACACCGACGUACAGCCAAUCACCGAGCUACCUGCAGUACACCUAUUCUCUGUGUCACACGCCGUGGAUAAACCGUGUCACAUCGUCGUCGGCGUCCACAGCGUUUGUCAGCGGUGGCAAUGUCACACUCCACGGUACAGUGUUGCCACGCACCGACCGACAAUCACAGCAUGUCACGAUGCUAAUUGACGACCUUGCCUGCGUUGCUGGAUCCACUAGCAAUGGGUUGACGACGCCCUCGAUGUCUGUGUCUUCGGUGGCAGAGGCAGAUGCCACUGGUGGUAGCAACCUGACGUGUCAUUUGCCUUUCAUCACUGCUGGAUUCUACCGCCUGCGCUUCCAUGUGGAGUCACUGGGCUGGGGCUUUGUUGUUGAUGAUGGCGAUGUCCUACUUGUUGCUUCUUCAUUCAGUGUUGAUGAAACGGACCCGCCACAGGGUGCUGUGCAAGGCGGUACACGCCUGGUCAUUCCAGGGAGUGCCUUUUCCGGCCUCUCUUCCGUGGGAAAUCAGGUCUUCAUUGGCAAUACGCCGUGUGAUGUGACGUCCGUGGAGAGUGGCGCUUCCGGAGAGCCACACGGAUCAUUGACAUGCAUCACGCGACCAGUCAUCGACGAUGGCUAUACAUCAGUUGUACUUCUGUCUAAGCCUCUUGGCUACUGGCAGUUUAAUCUACAAGGCGCCGCCAUACCAAACUUGGGCUCGCUCGGCGCUUCAGCCAAUGCUGGAGUAACUGGAGAUAGUAAGUGGAAAUGGAAGUCAGUUGCAGGCAUACACUCGGGUCCCAUAAAACCUUCUCCUGCAGCCAAGUUUAACAACACGCUUGUCACCGUUCCCUAUCAAGCUGAUCUCUAUCCCAGCGGAAGUUUUGGUGUUGCCCUGUGGGUGAAGCUUGAGAGCAAUGAUACCAUGUAUGGUCAGUAUCGGCAAAUCAUUGGUAGCAGCGAAGCAGGAGAUGUCAGCCGUGGAUUUUCACUCUGGCUUUCGCCGUGCGGUGAUCUUGAGUUGUGGCUUGCUACCGGUACAAGUGUUCAGGAGCAACAAGGCGACAAUUCCACAAUACUCUGCAAUCCCAUCGCGUUAGGGAGCGAGAACUUUACGGAUAUUGUGGACGAGUGUGAGAACAAUGUGACAGUGUGCGUGGGAACACGACUCGUUUCCCGCGGUCCCAGCUUUCUGCCGGUGGGCAGUGACAUGAGCCAGCUACCAGUGGGUGUCUGGUCCGUGUAUAGCCAGGGCGUCCAGGACCUCACCUCCUGGACAUACGUAUCGUUCGGCUUUGAGAAAGAAGUGGCGCCAGCUCAGUGUAUGGACACCGGUGCCUGCCAUGGUCACAUGCUGUUCAGUGCGGGAACAGGUGCAUCGGUGCGGCACCCUAUGGCAUACCUGCCAGCCGCAUCGGCCAUUCUGGAAAUCGGUGGAUCGGCACAGGUCAGCUACAGCGAGCCACCACUGGCACGGACUACUCUGCCGUUCGUCGGUCAUCUAGCCGAAGUGUCGUUGUACGAGAAACCUGUUGCAGACAAUGCACGUAUACAACAGUAUCACUAUGGCACUACCGAUGAGCAAGCAAUACAUGUACUGGUCGAGGGACAGGAUCGGCGUGGUGUUGGCGUUACCCCCGAGGUGGUAUUUCCACAGCAGAUUGCUCCGUACAAAGACACACAGAUUGACUGGGAUGCACCAGCUUCAGCGAAGGUGUCAAUCAACGAAACGGAUAGACUGGUUUUCCAAUGGACCCGGUUGAAUGACAUUGUUCAAGUGUCAUCUGAUGCUUUUGAGCAAUGCAACGCCAUGCUGCAGCCUGCCGUGAAGACUUGGUCACAGUUGAACAAAGGAGGGCACGUCAUCAUCAGUGGGCUUGCCAAUGGUCACACACAUUACUUCAUAAGUUCAGCGUACGGUGCGUGUUUGCGCGGCGUCAAACUGCAGGUUGUAGUUGGUCACCAGCAAAGCAUCGCUUGGAAAAUUGGGACUCAAUACUCUGACAUCUCCGUCAGCAAAGGAACUGGAUUGCGCUUCACGUGGGACACGUCACAGACGUCCGGUACUCUGCACAACCUUGUGGAGUUGAAGAACCGACCAGCACUGGACGAAUGUGACACGUCUGGCACCGGCGACUCUGUUCUCAAGCUCUGGUCGCAUCCGGACAGCACGCAAGGUUCGUCGACUCGUGGCCAGGUGGAGGUGACUGGCUUGAUGCCCGGGUGGCACUACUUUGUUUGUUCCGUGCCCGGACACUGCAAUGCAGGCAUGAAGAUCGCCGUCAACGUGCUUCCCGAAGCCACUGGACAGCAGACUGGCCCAGGGGCAGUGACUUUAACUUCAGCCGGCAUCCAGCUGCCGUGGAGAAUUCAACAGUACUCCAUUGUCAGAGUGGAUGAGAACCAGCCGAUCACUUUCAGUUGGGAUGGAUUCCACUCCUUACACGAGGUUAGCAAGUCAGGUUACGAUUCAUGUGAUGUCGUUGCUCGUCCACUGGUCGAAUGGGCACGUGCCUCCGUGGCCAGAUCUCUAACCAUCUCCAACCUGACCGUCGGCAGGCACUACUUCCUUUGUUCCGUGUCGGGUCACUGCUUGGCCGGCAUGAAAGUGGAGGUGGACGUGCGCAGCAAGAGCCUGGCGCCGCCGUUGAAAGUGCCGAUCAGGUCCGUGUGUGAGUCCAGCUCUGGUGGCAUGAUGGCGCCGGGUUCCCUGGCCUUCUGCUCCUACCGCUACGCGCAGGACAGCACGGCUACGGUUCUAAGCAUUAGUCCAAGCAGUGGACCCCCGGGAACAGCCAUCAACAUCACUGGAAGAUCUCUAGAAAUGCCAGGCAUGCCACCGGGCUCGCUAAUCACACACAUGCUGAUCACGGUUGGCACGGGGUUGUGUCGUUCGCCCCGUCUUCUCGUGGGCGAUGCAGAUGGCACAGGCCUCCAGGUGGUCGGCUGUACAGUGGAGGAUGCGGACGCUGGCCUGCAAACGGUGACGUUAGUAAACAUACUGGGUAAGGCCAGCCACGGGAGCGCCGCAUCUGGAUCAUCAUCCAGUCUGCAGUUCAACGUCCAACUUGUCUUAGCAGGCGUAUCACCGCCAUCAGGAAGCCUUGCGGGUGGCACAACCGUUACCCUAACUGGAACGUCGUUUGCUCAUGUUCACAGCAAUAUCCGCGUCACUUUUGGUAGCAAGCUGGCCAGCGUAAUCAUGGCCAACACUACUCACAUCCAAGUCCUAUCACCACAGGUCAGCCACAGCACUGAUACUAGCGAGCCGGUCAAACUGGAAAUCUCCUCCACCUCGGCAACCUCCAGCUUUGCGUAUAGCUCCAGCAAAACUCUCACUAUCAGCACGUUCAACAUUCCGCAAACGACACCGGGCAUUGUGACCUUUGUCACGGACAAGCAGAGUAGCGUUGCAUCCCUGUCCAUCAAGAUGCAAGUGGUUCCUGCUGCCCCUUCAAGUAUGGUGUGCACUGUGCCGGAUAUCCAGAUUCCCGUUGUCUCGCAGGGAGGCACGGCCAUCGGGGGUAAUCUCCCGCCGCUUCAGGUCGGCGCUUACGCGCUGAACGUGUACGUCGACGAGUGGGGACUUGCCGUGUGGCCUUCAGCGGGUGACAACCAGAUCACAGUACCGCUAGUGGUGACCGACAUGUCUCCUAAACUGAUCAGCCAUGGCGGCGGAGAGCGCAUCACAAUCACUGGUUCUGGAUUCCCUGGUGAUUGUCUAGCAUCGGAGCGCAGUGGCACUGUACUGUUCACUGUCCAUGUGUGUUCGGUAGAGUGCAAGGUGGUGAAACAGAACAGCAGCCACAUAGAAUGCUUGUCCCCUGACAGCCCCACAGCCCGCAACAGUGCCAGCCGUGACUUUAGCGCCGAUGUGUCCUGUCCCGUGACUGUUCAAGUGGACGGCAACCGUGCAGACUCUCCAAGCAACAUCACAUACUCGGCGGCGAAGACUUCCAUCGUGACCUCGGUAUCUCCACGCCGCGGUGGCACUGCGGGCGGUACGACGUUGACGCUGACUGGCACUUUCAUACAGCCUUUCAGUACAUCAGUGACAGUGGACGGUGUCCCGUGUGCACCGCUGUCCAGGAGUGCCACUUCUAUACUGUGUAGGACCGGCGCUCACAGAACUACUCUUGCCGCCGUGGUGCGUGUCUACAGCCCUGGCAAUGGACACUCCGUGGAACAGCAGAUGACUACGCUGACAAGCAGUACCAGUGUUGAAGGCUCCGGCUACUUCCAGUAUGUAGACCUGUGGUCGAGCCGCUACACCUGGGGCAACCUGGAUCUGCCGGCCGCCGGCGAGAGUGUCAGUAUCCAGCGUGGCCAGACACUGAUCCUGGACGCCAAGACGCCGGAACUGAACAUCGUCAUCGUGCAGGGCGAUCUGCUCUUCGACGACUCUCAGGACGUGCUGCUGCAGGCCAAGUACAUCUUCAUCCAUGGCGGGCGUGUGCUGGUGGGCUCUGAGACACACCCGUUCCAGCACAAAGCAAUCAUCCGUCUCACCGGUCAUGUACGUGACCCUGAGCUUCCCAUCUAUGGUGCCAAGGUGCUCGCGUUGCGUCAAGGCCACCUCGAGCUCUACGGAAAGAAGAACAAAAAGACGUGGACACGCCUAGCACGGACUGCAUAUCAAAACGACACACAGCUUGUCCUCGAGGAUGCGGUGGACUGGAAGCACGGGGACAGCAUCGUACUGGCGCCGACCGGAAAAGACAGAAACGAGACCGAGGAGCUGUUUGUGAACGGCACCAGUGCUGAUGGUCACACGGUAUACCUGGGCUCACAGCUUGCAUAUACACAUCAUGGUGAGACGGAACAUUUCGGCGGUGGGCACAGUAUUGAAAUACGGGCGGAGGUUGGUUUGCUGACUCACAAUGUGAUUGUUGAGGGAUCAGUGAGUGAGGGUUUCCACACCAGUGAGCUGGGUGGUGACCAGUAUGGGUCGCAGAUCAUGAUUCAUCGGGCUGGCCACAACACAACACAAGUCAGAUUGUCCAAUGUUGAAGUGCGGCACUGUGGCCAGGCUUUCCGACUGGGUCGCUACGCCAUCCAUUUCCACUUGAGCGGAAAUCUGAGCAACUCCUGGGUGAAACAGUGCAGCAUUCACCACUCGUUCAACCGUGCCAUCACUGCCCAUGGAGUUCACAGCAUGGUCUUUGAGGGAAACGUAGCCUAUGACAUCAAGGGUCACACCUUUUUCAUUGAGGACGGCAUUGAAACUCGCAACCAGUACUUGAACAAUCUCGGAAUGCUGACACGAGGUUCCUCCAGCCUCUUGAACACUGACCAGAUUCCGGCAACGUUCUGGAUCACGAACCCCAACAACAUCUUCAUCGGAAACGCUGCUGCUGGUUCUCGUGCGUAUGGGUUUUGGUAUGACCUGGAUCCGAACUCUUUUGGCCCGUCGUUUUCCACUGCCAUAUGUCCCAACCAAGAGAAGAUGGGAGUGUUUCGGGACAACGUGGCGCAUAGCAAUGCAGAAUUUGGCUUGAGAAUCUGGGAGACCUACCGUCCAAAGGUUAAACCGUGCAAUCCGGCCAACUCAUCUUCAGCCUCAUUUUACGGUCUGACAAGCUACGCAAAUGGAAUCCACGGUGUCGAGCUGUCUGUGGUCGAGAAUGUCAAGCUGAUCGGCUUCAAGGUUGCGGAUAGCCGUGAUAAUGGGAUUGAGAUCAAUGAAGGAUACGGUGACUGGUUUGGAACUGAAAUUAGAGACUCCCUGAUUGUGUCCUACACAAACGCCAACACAGGCAAGCCGGGUACAGGUGGCAUAAAGCUUCCCAACCAGCGGCGGAUGACCGUCACCAAUGUGACGUUCGUCAACUUUGACACGUCUGCGCAGGCCUGCCUGAGGGCCUGCUCUCACUGUAAGCCCAUCCAGGGUGGGUACAUGUAUCAAUUUCAGGGUCUGAACUUUCUGGGAAGUUCUGCCCAGCAUAAGGCUGCGUUCAAGUGGACAUAUGAGGUGUUAUUCAAGGAUUUGGAUGGAAGCUUGACUGGAAUAGUGGGUGGCACAAUGCUACCCCUUAACGGCCUAUUGCCACCAGACAAAUGCAACCUGGAUGUACCAGAGGCCAGUUUAGGCAGCGUGCCCGGAGCCAUUUGUGGUGCAGAUGUGCGAUUUGUGCGCAUGGCUUUCAACAGGGUUACCCCACUGACAACAUUCUCGGGCCGGACCCUGACGGUUAACAACACAUAUUCCCAGUACUACAGCAUCGGCAAUUAUUCCGCAAAGUGGGCUCACUAUCGCCUGACGCACGUAGAUGGCUACAUGUUCAACUUGGUGUCUGGGAUGCACUACACGCUGGAUUUCAAUGCUUUCCCGGAUAUAAAUGACCCUGCCGACGUGGAGUCCUUCAACGCUGGAUUGUACCUCGUGGACAAGCAGGACCAUGUGUUCAUCCAGCAGCAGAUUAUAUCUCCACCGGAUCAUUUCAACAUUGGUGAUAACCAUGUAGAUCUUGGUCGUCAGCCCACAGCUCUUGACCACCACAGGUCUUGGCACUUUGACAACUCUACCAACAUGUUGACUUACCUGCUAAGCGGCAAUGGCAGUUCACUGGGUGGUUCAGACGAGCUUCUCUUCAACUUCCAGAGAGAGCCGUGUCCUGUCGCUGGUUGUCCAGUGCCCGAUGGUGGUGCGGAGCCGUAUGAGAACUUCUUCCGCUACUGGAGCAAGGCGUCAGACUGGCCCACCGGCCGCGUUCCCGUUGCUGGCCAAAACAUCACAAUCUUGACUCGCUGGAAGAUGAUCAUGGACGUCAACCCACCCGUCAUGGAUCGCCUCACUGUGCUCGGCCAUCUUGAGGCCAAGCACAUUGAUCUAAGCAUAACUGCCUCGACGAUCUUCAUUUAUGGUAAGAAUGCAAAGUUCUUCAUUGGAAACAAAACUCAUCCCUACAACCACAAUGCCACAAUUACCCUGACUGGAAACAGAGGGAUCAAGUCAUUUGCUCUUAGCCGUACCAUGGUGGUCGGAGCUAAAGCAAUGGCUGUUUUUGGCAAGUUGUAUCUCUAUGGCGAGAAGCGUGACGUAUACUGGACCAGGCUACAGGACAGUGCACGCAAAGGUGAUAAUGUCAUAUCGCUCACUGGUAAGAAGGUGAAUUGGAGACCUGGUGAUCAGAUUGUGAUCGCUGCAUCUGGCUACAACUCGCGUAACUACGAGACGGUCACUGUUGCCAAUGUGUCCUACCCGUCCUCCAGUCCCGGCGGCCUGGUGCAGUUCAUGACGCCACUGCUGCACGAUCACCUCGUUGUGGACUUGCUACACGGCACUGAACAACAGUCCGGUCACACUGCCCAGGGACAGUGGUGGCGCAGCGCCAAGAUGGCACCGGAGGUCGGUUUGCUGACGCGCAAUAUCCGCAUUGUCGGCGGCGAGGAUCACCUGCAAUCCAUUGCCAAGGACAGCUUCGGAUGCCGUGUCAUCGUGGGAGCGGUGCAGAGAGGCUUCAGCAAGUACUAUGGAAGCACUGAAAUUGAUGGAGUGGAGUUUGCCAACUGUGGCCAGGGCCGUCUGUCUUCAAAGCGCGAUCCACGGUACACCAUUGUCUACAAGGGCAUUGCUGACUCGUCAAAGGGAUCGUUCGUCAGAAACUCGGCUUUCCGCAUCAACUUCAACAGUGCUGUGGGCAUUCACUUGAGCAAUGGCGUUACGGUGGAAAACAAUGUGAUACUUGACACUGUUGGAAGUAGUGUUAUUGUAGGCGGUGAAGACAACAAGGUUCUUUCCAACGUUGCCAUCUUGAUGAGAAGUGUGAAAGGUGAAAUCGUCACGGAUAACCACAUCCUUGACUUUCCAGCAAACUUUGAAGUCGGUGGCAUCAACAAUCAAGUACGAGACAAUGCAGCUGCCGGAAGUGACCGCAUCUCCUUCAGUUUCCCUGGCAGCCCUUGCAAUAGUGAUGGCUCAGCCCCAAGAGGCAGUUCUGCUAAGUUCUGGGAUAACACAGCUCAUGGCGGACUAAUCGGCCUGAAGGUGGUUGGAGUGGCAGACAUGUGUACGGCUAUCGGCGGCUUCACUGUGACACAUCAUUGGGAUUACGGCAUAUUCUCUUGGACUGCGAGCUCACUGGUGAUCACUGAUGUGGCAAUUGCAGUGGGUCACGUCGGAGUCAAUCUGAAUGUAUUCGGUCCCGACCCAGUCCAGCAUCUCUUUGAGGAUAAGUCGGUGAAAUUGCAGAAGUCGUUGAUUGUUGGCGAGCUGCCCAACGAAGCCUCCUGUAGUGCAUCCAGGCCACCGUUUGCGCUUCCCUCCACUUCAUUCUCUGCCCGAGAUAACAUAGGUGGUGUUAUGAUGUCGACCUUCAGUAAAACAAGAGGAAAGAUGAAUGGCAUUGGGAAAUGGCACUUGCCGAAAUCGUAUCCCGGAAUAAGAGGCCGCAUGGAGGUCAGUGAUGUUGCAUUUGCUCGCUUCUACCCGAUACCGUCGUCCUUCCCCGGCUGUUCGGUUGGCCAGUUUGCCGUCAUGAACAAUGACCUGUCACCGGAUGCAAUGCACCCUCUGCACAUGGAGAGGACUGUACGCCUGGACGUCGGCGCCAACAAUCUCGCUUUCAUGUACCCUCCAAAGCUGGGCUGGAUUAACCAGGAGGAUUGCGUGGACAUGGACUGUGAUGGUCCUAAGCAUUCCAUUGUGCUGGACUUGGACGGCACAUUCACAGCAUCAUCCUCGUCCACCACAGGAAGGGUGGGCUCUAUUGUCCCUCGUGCGGAGCUGCGUUUCGACCAGAACCGCCUGCCCAUUGCACUGCUUGCGGAUGCCACCACGGGGAUACUGCGUAAUCCAGCAGAUGUGUCCAGCCUUCGUGGCAUAGCACGAGGAUUUGAUGGCAAUCUGUCUGCAAGCAUGGGUGGAUGUGAGUGGCGCCCAACAAUGAACAGCUACCAGUGUUCUGGUCUGAAUCACGCCAUGCUCGUCCUGGAGAACAUGGAUGCUGACACGGAGGUGAGACGCAUCUCUCCGCUUGUCCUGCGUGGCGGUGAUACUGGCCGGGGCAAGUACGACGAUCUCAUGAACGGACCGAUGGAUCACGGCUGGUGCACAUAUUACACCUGCCUGAAACGGUUGUCAACAUUCUUCUCUGCUAUUGUACUGGACACCGAGUAUGAGCUGUGGAUGACGGGCUCCAAUCCCACCCACUGGAGAUUCCAUUUGCUGAAUGCAAAGCCAACGGAUAGUGUGUCACUGAAGAUCUGGUUCAAGAACAUCCAGCGAAAGGACAUCUACAAGGAUAACAUCUUCAUUGAACCAGAAAACGUCCUGGCAACUGAUCGAUUUAUCAGUGAUGCUUUUAUCCCGGACAGGGCAACCGACAUUUCAGGGGCAAACUACUUUGACGUCAGAAAGCAGUUCUUGCAUUUGGUCUUGAAAGGAACAUCGGCGGUUGAUGUGGUAACUGCUCCCGUCGUUACGCUUUCCUUCAACGUGCAAGUGAGCCUGGACGACUUCUUUGAUCCGCAGCACAUUGUCACAAACAUUGCCGGUGCCCUUGGAGUUGACCUCAGCACAGUCCGGUUGGUUGAUGUCGUCUCAGAGAGCUCGGGAGGUGUCGUUGUAUCUGGCAGAAAGCGACGUGCCACGGCUUCGCGCCGAGUCGUCACACUGGAAGUCGGAAGUCAGGCGGCUGUGAAUCGCACCGAUCCACCGACACCAACAAUUGCAGAGCAGAUUGCCGACGGCAAUGUAGAUGCUGCAAUGGAUGAUGUGGACCUGGAUGCUAACUCAACUGUUGAUGUGAACGCUAUUCCCGCCAACUCCAGCGGACAACCUACUCCAUCACCUAUUCUGACCGGCGGCAACAUCACGGACUCGCCAUCUGUAGCCGACCUGGCGUCUGCGUUCAAAACUGUGGGCAAAAUCUACAGUCAGCAAGUUGAUCAGUAUGCGGAGAGGGUGAAUUCCACUAACCAGGUCAACCAGCUUGGUGCCAUUCUUCUAAACAAGCUGGUAUUGGGGCUACUCGUAUUUGAGAAUGCGACGAUCCUCAAUGCCUCCAUUGGACUGGCCCAACCACCGCCUGUGCCAUCUCUGCCUACAAUUCUGCCACCGUCUGUUGUGAACGCAAUGUUGCCCGGUGAUUUGGACAAUAUCACUGCCAGUCUCCCUCCACCUGCUACAUUGCCUGUAGUCGACUUCUUCCAGAGUUCUGGUUCUGGCGCGGGAGGUGGUGGCGCCGUUACUUCUCCGUUCUCAUCUGGAAUAUCUGUCAGUAUUCCAGCUAGAAUCAAUGUGUUCAGACCACCUGCUGAUAAGACUGGUCAUCUUGUUUACACCGAGGUAGAAAUUCUGGAUACCAACAGCCAGCGCUCCACUGCCAUAGGCAUACUGGGUGACAAGUGGACUGUGACCGCCUCACUGGAUUCUGCUGAUGCUGUUGUGAAACUGGAGGGUAAACUAUCGGCCAUUGUCACUGAUGGUGUGGCGUCCUUCACUCGCCUGAGAGUCAACAGGGUGGUGGAAAAAGUGAAGUUGGUGUUCACCGUGAGCUCUGGCACUUUAUCGCCUGUCGAAACAGGUUUGUUCGAUGUCAAAGGACCUGCCGCUGACAUAGAGCGCGAAGCAUUCCUUUUGAAGCUCGGCAGUGAUUACGACACUGUCAUUGGAAGUCAGAAAGAGAGUAUCGACCUCUUCAGGAAUGCGAUCAUUUCAUCACUGUCCAGUCAGCUGGACAUAGAUCCAUCCAGAAUUGAGAAUGUUGAGGUACAGCGCAUGCCGUUCCAAGUGCUGUUCAAGCUUGUUGGUGUGGCUGAAGACAACACCACUGCACCUGAUGUUCCUACUUUGAAGAAAGCUGUGGCCUCCAUGCAACGUCUGAUACAGCAGAGCACACUUUCUGUGAUCUGGCCUCGUGGCAAUGUCACAAUCACAGCUGCGGAGAGCACGGAGAUUCCAGAAAAAGAGUCGUCCAACAAGAGACAGCUGUACAUCAUCAUUGGGUCGUCCUGUGCUGGAGCUGUGCUUAUUCUACUUCUCAUCAUUGUUAUUAUUUACCAUGGGCAAAAGAAGAAGAAAAACAGCAACAAGAAGGUAGUGGAUGAAUUCUUGCUGAAGAAGAAGGCAUCAUCUCUGUCGACCGGCCCAUCAACUAGUAGCGUCACCGCGGUAACCGAACACAUGUCUCGAAUGAAUGGGCUGCCUCGACACAGCUCUGAAACGGCAAUGGCACUGACACCGCUCGACAAUGCCUAUGCGGCAGACUCUCACCAAGAUGUUUUCUUCAAAGCCCGGCAAGAAACGAAUCUUUCAAGUGUUGCAGAGCACUUGGAAGUGGACAUAUCCAAGAGCGUUGCCAGUAUCAGCGACAUCAGUGUUGAUCUCUCGAACCAGCACAAGCGAAGUGCAGGACGGCACCCUCUGCUGCAGGAUGGCUAUGUCAACACUGCUCAUCAGCGUCCUCCAGGGCAACAGCAGCGCAGGCCUCUGGAUGACAUGGACUAUCACCAUCGCCAGGGUUCCAGAGCGGCAAGUAAAUCCCGUGCCAACGCCAAAGUCAGUGCGCCAACUGUCAUGAAAAACAGGUCAGCAAGUCCAUCACUUCCUGGUGGUGUUGACGACUACUAAAUGACUACUAGCACUAAGUGGCCAUGAUCACAAACUCACCCCAUCGUUAACACCAUACUGUCCAUACCUUUCCUUCUGCAGUUGCGGUCCUCGAAACAGUCCUUUUGGGAAUUUGAAUUUUGACUCCUAGUACAUUCUCUCUUUUCUGGUUGGUGCGGAAUUAUCUUAUUUCCUUGGGGAAACGGUAUUACAUUUUCAGUAGAGAGUGCCAUAGAAUCACACAGCUGACACUUGAAUGGCAUGCAUUGUACCGAUAUUUUCUUGUCUUAGAAUGGCGUUCACAAUACACUCCAUUUCUUCAUCAAACUGCUGAGAUGGUGAUAACCAUUGCAUGGAAAAGCUCAGUUUCUACCGUUUAUCUCCACGUUGUACUACAUCAUAAGAAUUCAUUUUUGUUGCCACAUCCUAAAUUAUUCAACCUAUCUGGAAAGUCAUCCUUCCGGGCUUGCAUCUGCACUCUCAGUCUGCACUGCAUUUGUAACUUGAUAUGGAACUAAAAUGCUGGCUGUUUUGUCCAUUUCUGUAUGCUUUGCGUUGAAGACAAGCAAUUUAGACAAGUAACAACUGUCAGCUAACGCUACAAACCGUGA